CAUCAUUUGAAUCCCCCAGUUAGAGAGGGAGCUUAGAGAAAGAGCGAGAGAGAGAGAGAGAGAGAGAGAGCGAGAGAGGCGACGGCGACGACGGCGGACCAGAGGGAAGCGGCCGCAAUCCGCCGCGAAGUCAGUUGCGCGGCCUCGAUUUCUCCGGCGCGCAUUUGCGAUCGUGCGAUUCCCCCUCUCAGUUCAGCGCCCGUUGCUAUUUCAGUCGGAGCGAGUGGGAGCGAGGUUCCAUGAGCCGUUCGGCGUUCAAGUCCGUGGUGUACCACGGCGAUGUGCGCCUCGGGGAGCUGGACGCGGUCCCGGCGAACGGCCACGGCUUCCAGUUCCCCAACAACGAGAUUCGGAUCCACCGCAUCUCGCCGAUCAGCGAGAGGUGUCCCCCUCUGUCGAUCCUCCAGACGGUGUCCUCGUUCUCGGUCCGGUGCAAGCUCGAGUCGUCCUCUCCGGUCGAGCAGGCGAAUUUGAUCAAUCUGCACGCCUCUUGCUUCUACGAAUUCAAGACUGCUGUAGUGUUGCUUGACGAAGAGGAAAUACACUUGGUGGCAAUGCCUAGUAAGCAGAAGAAGUUCCCGUGCUUUUGGUGCUUCUCCGUUCCUUUGGGUCUCUACGAAUCCUCUCUGAGAUUGCUUAAUCUACGGUGCCUUUCGAUUGUGUUUGAUCUCGAUGAGACGCUCAUUGUUGCCAACACAAUGAAGUCUUUCGAGGACAGAAUCGAGGCUAUUCGAGGCUGGAUUGCAAGGGAGACUGAUUCGGUGAGGAUAUCAGGAAUGUCAGCUGAACUGAAACGGUAUGUAGAUGAUAGAGCGCUACUCAAGCAGUAUGCAGACAGUGAUUGUGUCAUGGAUAAUGGAAAGAUGUACAAGGUUCAGCUUGAGGAGGUCCCUCAGCUUUCAGAUAGCCAUGAGAAAGUUGUUAGACCCGUAAUUAGAUUGCAAGAAAGAAAUACCGUCCUCACUCGCAUCAAUCCUGAGAUCCGUGACACCAGUGUGCUGGUGAGAUUACGACCUGCAUGGGAUGACUUGAGAAGUUACUUAACAGCUAAAGGACGUAAGAGGUUUGAAGUUUAUGUGUGCACAAUGGCUGAAAGAGACUAUGCUUUAGAGAUGUGGAGGCUUCUUGACCCCGAAGCACACUUAAUUAAUUCAAAACAACUCUUGAACCGUGUUGUUUGUGUCAAAUCAGGUUCAAGGAAAUCAUUGCUAAAUGUGUUUCAGGAUGGUAACUGCCAUCCCAAGAUGGCAAUGGUGAUUGAUGACCGCUCAAAGGUCUGGGAAGACAGGGAUCAACCACGAGUGCAUGUAGUUCCUCCAUUUGCUCCAUACUAUGCUCCUCAGGCGGAGACUGCAAGUGCUGUUCCAAUCCUUUGUGUGGCAAGAAAUGUAGCAUGCAAUGUCAGGGGUUACUUUUUCAAGGAGUUUGAUGAGAACCUAUUAAAGAAAAUCUCUGAAGUAUUUUAUGAAGAUGAGGUGGUUACUUUACCCCAUGCUCCUGAUGUGAGCAACUACUUGAUGUCAGAGGACUCUGGUUUUGUACCAAAUGGCGCCACAAACGCUCCAUUUGCGGAUGGAAUUCAUGGUGCAGAAAUUGAUAAAAGACUUAAUCCUCCGGGUGAAAAGCACGCUGUUGAUGUGGCUGGCAUCCCCUUAAAAGAAACUCCUGAUGUUAAAUCUGAAACAUCCCAGCCAACAAUUACUAUAAUUCCAAACACUGUUGGUCCGAAUGCUUCGAGAACACUCAUGCCAUCUCAGAAACCUGGUUUGCUUGGUAAUCCUACUAGACAAGAUUUCAGCUUUUCGGAUCGGGAACAUGAUGUGAAAAGGAGAAUUCUUACUAUGAAACAUGGUCCAGACUUGAAAAAUCAGGGCUCAGGUGAGCCCCCUCUCCUAUCUAGACCACCAGUGCAGUUACCUACUGCCAAUAUCCAUCCACACGGAGGAUUGCCCGUGGAAGAAGACUCAAGCAAAGGACAUAUAAAUUGUAGAAGUUCUGGAUUUUCUCAAGAAUCUGAUUCACUGAAGUUUGAUAAGCAGAGAGCUCAUCAAAAUCAGCUUGGUCACAAUCUUCCAAGUGUUAGUACCUCUGGUGUGCUCUCUAACACAUCUCAAGUGAAGGCAGAAGAGGUGUGGUCUGGACCUGAUCAGAAAAAAUCAAAAAUGCCUUCUGGAAGUCAGCAAUCUGAGAUUGGUGUACCUCAAAAUCGGAGUUGUUCUAAUGACAGAGAUACUCACGCUGAUGCUGGAAAAGAGAACUUGCUACAGUUGUCAUUGUCUAUUGCAGUGCUGCAAGAGAUUGGACGGAGAUGCAGCUCCAAGGUAGAGUUCAGGACAAUCUUGAGCACCAGUAAGGAUUUGCAGUUUUCUGUCGAGGUUUUAUUUACUGGUGAGAAGAUAGGUGUUGGAAUGGGUAAAACGAGGAAGGAUGCUCAACAACAAGCUGCCCUAAAUGCUCUUCACAGUUUGGCAGAGAAGUACGUCACCUAUGCCAGGAGCCAUUCACCAGAAGUUGACAAAAAUCUCAAUAAGAUCUCUCAAGGGAAAGAAAAUGGAUUUCUGUGGGAUGUUGUCAGUCCUGGGUCACAUGAACCACCAAGAGAAGAUGAGUUUGCCAAAGAGGAAACUGAGAAAUUUUUACCUGAAGAUCAGUGUUCGUCUUUUCCUGAUUAUGAAGCUAAGAGCUGAAAGAAAGCGAGCCGGCUUCAUGCCUCCCAAUGUUGACUUCUGGUUCUGUGGACUGGCAAUUUCAGACAGGAUCUGUAAUGUGAAAGGUUGCCAAACUAUUGCCAGUCCUAACUAUCAAAGCAGGUAUGAGAACUUUGAAGAGCAGGACCUCAUUCAUUCUACUGCAAAUAUUUUCCUUCUCUGUCAAGGUGCAUGUUGCGGUUUUGCAAAGGGGUGUACUAUGGGUCGCAUGAUUCCUUCCAGCUCCAAGCAAAUACCCGAGGACUGGGAGCUCCCGAGUGGGGCAAAGUUUAUCCCGCUUGUGGCGACAUAUGUGCCGCAAGAAUAGCAUAUCACAAUGUGAUCAGGAGAGGUGGAACUGAUGCCGGGUGCGAAGCCAAUGACUUGACAUGUUACCUGUCGCAGCAGUCUGGAUCUUUCAGAAGCCUUGCAAAAUUGGAUAGGUCAUGCCAUCCGAAUGUGGAUCUUUGUGAAAUCUGUAUCCUGCGUUAUCUUGAACCCGGGUUUAAUUGAGAAAAACGGCAGUAAGUCGAAUUGUACUGGGUAUAUUCUUUUGGUAUUAUGGGCUUAGGAAAGGUGGCUCUAUAUUCCUUUAUCUUGUUCCUUUGCUGUAUAUAGAUGGAAUGCAAUACUCAAGUUCUUCAAAAUGCUGGCUA